AUGGCUACCAGUGAGCUAAAUCAAUUUCUGGAAAAUGUUGAUGAGAAAAUCUUAGAGUGUACCAUAUGCCUCAACAGACUUAAAAAUCCUAAAUCACUCAACUGCCUCCAUACAUUCUGUUUGGCAUGUCUGGAAGACUGGGUUAAGGAGAAGGGUAAGCUGACUUGCCCAACUUGCUCAAAAUCAUAUCCUAUUUCAGAGGGUGGGCUUCAGAAGCUUCCACCAAAUACUUUUAUAAUUAACUUAUUAGAAACCAUUGAACAAUUUUCUGAAAAAGAUCAGAUGAAAUGUGUUUGUGCUAAAGGACAAGCAAAAUACUACUGCCAGGAGUGCAGACAAUACUUGUGCUCUACUUGUAGUGACCAUCACAAAAUAUUGCCAGUGUUGGCAAAACACAAGCUACAUUCAGUGGAAGACAUGCAGGCAAUGAGCCUUUUACAGAUCGCUUCGUUACAUCCUCCACUGUGUUCUCUUCAUAAGGAGCCAUUAAAAUUUUUCUGCUGCAUAUGCAAUAUUCCAAUAUGCAUGGAUUGCACAAUUACAAAACACAAGGAGUGGGAAGGGAAUCAUAAACAAAUCAGCAUUUCUGAAGCAUACCAGAAAUUAAAGGAAAAUUCAACAACAUUGGAAAAAUCAGCCAAUCACUUCAAAAACAAAUUGGAAGAUGGCCUCAAAGAUGUUAUUCAGACUGUUACAGAACUAGAGAAAAGUAAAUGUAAGAGUUUGAGCGAUAUUGACAAUCAUGUACAUGAAAUGGUCAAGAUAGUCAAGGAGAAUGGAAAUAAAAUGAAAAAUGUAGUAAAGACAAUCUAUGAAAAGAAAAAGGAGGUGUUAGAUGUACAAAUACAUGAACUGAAGACAACAAUAACUGAUAUAACCACAAAACUGAGUUUGCUUAAUCAGUUAUUAAAGAGUGAUGAAGUUACAGCAAUACAAUCAAGUGAAAAAGUAAUUGCUGCACUAAAGGACAGAAUAAAUGAAUUGCUAGAAACAAAGCCAGAUGAUAAUGGACAAAUUUACUUCUUUUUAAACAAACAGCAAAUGGCUUCAUUGAAACAAUGUGAUAUUGGGACUGUAACACAGAGGGCAGCAGAUUAUUUAACAUUAAAGGGAGAGGAAUCUGUGUUAAAAGGUCAAACAAUAGUUGUCAAAGUAAUUAAAACAGAUGAAUAUGAAGUAUAUGCAAAUAAACUGAAAGCUACAUGGACACAGCCUACAGGAGAAACCAACAUCAUGAAAGUUCAAGAAGAUGACAAUGGAGAUUAUUUUGUGAAAGGAAAAUGCGUAAGUCCAGGUGUAUGUAAACUAGAUGUGAGUGCUGAUGGUGAACCAAUCAAGCAGUCACCAAUGAUAAUCAAAGUAGAGAAGGAAGGAUUAGUAAAUACCAUUAAUGUAAACACAGCACAUACCAAACUUACAGGUAUAGUUAAGUGUGAAGGUGACUGCUUACUGGUUUCAAGUUGUAGAAAUGAAAUACUCAAGUACAAGCAAUCAGGAGAAUAUAUUGAUAAGGUUAGUCUACCACAAGGUGUGAAUGUUUUCAGUAUGGUCAAAAUGAAUAAUGGUAACAUAGCUUUCAGUGAUUUCGGUAAUAAAUACAUCAACAUAUGUGAUAUGGAUGGUCAGGUUAUCAAAUCAAUUGGUCAAGGUAUAUUGAAGAAUCCAUCUGGUAUCCAUGUGGAUGAGGCAUCAAAUGUUUUGUAUGUAGGAGAUUGGAGUAUUGACUGUGUGUUCAUGUUUGGUAUUGACAGUGGCAAGAUGAUGAAGAUGACAGAGUCAAAGGACAAUCAAGAAAGCCUAAUGAAUGAAAGUAUAGAUGUUUCACUUACAAACCAAGGAGAUUCUCUUGUAUUGGAGUAUAGUAACGGCAGAUUGAAUUUAUUUGAUAAUGAGGGAAGGUUCAUAAAAGUCCUUGUUAAAGCAGGUGACGAGAAUGGUAAGGUGAGGUAUCCACGUGCAGUAGUAGUUGAUGCGGAUAACAACAUCAUUAUAACAAGUAACCACAAACUACAGCUAUUCAGUAGUGAUGGAAAUUUUAUUAAAAGAAUUGAUAAACCAGAAGAUGGAAUCAAAUAUCCACAUGGAGUCUGCAUCCUUUCAUGUAAUCCUAGAAAACUUGCAGUAGCAAGUGUAGGCCAUAGAUUAUGA